AUGGAUAACCAGUGUUACCCCUCCUUCAGGAUAUAUAUGGAGCUGUGCGGUCCCAACAUCAGUGAGAGUGCAGGCUCUCUGUCCCAGGUGAAGCCGCUUCCCCACCACAGUGUACACCUUUGUCGCAUGCAGGCCUGCGGACGCCACAUGCACAACGCCCACCGCCUCACCCACCAGCCGUGGGUCAACCACGCAGCCCCGAGCGUCGCCUCCGGCCCGGCCGUGGCCCUCCGCCACAGGGUAAAUGGAGCCACGGUGGCCGGCUGCAGCAGCCAGGGGUGCGCGGCCUCCAGGCUGGCAGAGGAGGCAGCGCUGGCCGGGGGCGCCGGGGGCUACGUGUUGGUGACAGGAGGAGGCGGGUACUUUGGCUCCAGGCUGGGCAGAGAACUGGCCAGUCAGGGGCUGCCGGUGAUCCUGCUGGACAUUAACAAGCCUCCCUGUGAUAUCCCCGAUGGAGCGAUCUUCUGUCAGGGUGACAUCCGGGACUAUUCCUCCCUCUAUAAGGCGUGUGAAGGGGUUGACUGUAUAUUCCACACAGCGUCUUACGGCAUGUCCGGACCAGAACAGCUGAGGAAAGAGCAGGUGGAGUCAAUCAACGUCGGAGGGACCAAUAAUGUCAUAAACGUGUGUAAGGAGAGAGGCAUCCCCAGGCUCGUGUACACAAGCACCAUCAAUGUGGUGUUUACUGGGGAACCCAUUGAGGAGUGUGAUGAGGCCUCAAUGCCUUUUGUGCCCCCCGAUGUACACAUUGACCACUACUCCAGAACCAAAGCGAUUGCCGAGCAGAUGGUCCUCGCUGCCAACGGAUGCUCCCUGAAAGGUGGAGGCCAGCUCCGGACCUGCGUCCUGCGGCCCUGCGGCAUCUACGGACCAGAUGAGAGGAGGCACCUUCACAGAGUGAUGGCGAAUGUGGAGCGUCGCUUGUUCACGUUCAGGUUUGGCGACCCCCGGGCCAGGAUGAACUGGGUCCACGUAGAGAACCUGGUGCUGGCCCACACACUGGCAGCUGAGGCCCUCACACUGCAGAGGGGCUUUGUCGCUAGUGGCCAGGUGUAUUUCAUCAACGAUGGAGUUUCAGUAAAUCUGUUUGAGUGGUUGAAACCACUGUUUGAAAAUCUGGGCUACAGCCAACCAUUGGUAACUCUGCCUGUUUCCGUUGUCAAUUUAACAGCCAAGCUGGUAGAAUAUUUACAUGUAGUUCUGAGACCUGUGGUAGACGUGCCUCUCCUCUUCACCCAGAGUGAGGUGAGGAGCAUAGCCGUGAGCCACACCUUCAAGAUCGACAAGGCCCGUGGAGAGCUGGGUUACAGCCCGAAGCCCUACACCCUGGUGGACUGUGUGGAGCAGUACCUGAAGAGCAGACAGCCUCGCUCCAGCUGCUCUCCUUUCAGCCUCUCCUGGACCUCCCGGCUGCCCCGACCCCUCAUCCUGCUGCUGCUGCUGGGUCUCAGUCUGGUGCUACUGACGCUGUCCUGCCUCCUUAGUCAGAGCUAA